AUGGGAGCCAGCCACAGCCACCGAACUCCACAGGUCCUCAUCGUGGGCCUGGAUUCUUCCGGGAAGACCACUCUGCUGUCCCAUCUCCUCACCGGGCAGCCCAUGGUAACCUCCCCUACCAUCGGAUUCAACGUCGGAACGCUGGAUUUGGACAAGAAGAACAGUCUCACCUUAUGGGAUGUAGGAGGUCAGGCGAGUUUGAGGAGAAACUGGAAGCAGUACCUCGACGAUGUUCAGGCGUUGGUUUUCGUGGUGGACAGUACGGAUAAGGACAGGUUGCCCGAAGCAGCCAAAGCUCUCAGGCGUAUUUUGAGUGAGGAUAAAGUUGACGGACUUCCGCUUAUGGUUUUGGCCAAUAAAAAGGACAUGCCGAACUCGAUGACGAUAAGAGAGAUUUCCAACCAGCUGAACUUGCCCAAACUGGAGGAUCGGGACUGGCAGAUCCAAGCCUGCUCUGCGGCGAAGGGGCUCGGGCUGAACCAGGCCUUCAACUCGGUCAACAAGAUGAUCAAGAAGAAUUGACGAGGGCAGGUUAAGGUUAAAAAUAUCUAUAAGUUGAAAUUUAAAUGUUUUGUUUGAAAUUUGAGAUUUUUUUAUUUGCUUUCAGGUGUUUGUGACUUUAUGUUUUUGUUUUGUUUUUUCAUCUAAAGAAAAUCUGUUGGUAGAGUUAGAAGUGUGACUUAAAUUGCUAACUGAUUGUGUUUAAAAACUACAAAUCUAAAAAGUAAAUCAUAUAAAAAAGUCAAAAUUAAGUGUACAGAAGAGUUUUGAAAAGGCAAUUUUUUAUUUGUUUAUGAAAGAAAACAUGUUGGUAGUGUUAAAAAACAGAUUAUGUCUAAUUAAAAAUCUCAUGCCACAGACAGAGACGUUUGCUUGACAUUGUUUUUUUUGUUUUUUUAGUUGACCUCCUUUAACUGCCAGCUAUUCUUCCUGGGGACCUGUGUUGCAUGUUUUUUUUGGGCUGAUAAUGUUAAAAUGUGUCCGAAAUACCAUCAAACAAAUCUAAACAUUUAAGUACUCUACUACAUUAACAUUAUUUUAAAAUGCAAAGGCAGGAAAAUGUAGUCUUUCAUGAGCCAAUUUCACUUCAUGGAAACCGUCUGACCUCGCAGCGUUAGGAUUCGUUUGCUCGACGGUAGGCGGGUAUUUUUUUUAUUUAACCAAUCACUGCUAUUUGGUCGUGACGUAUGUAAUGAGCCACUAACGGGGCUGUUACAUGCAGGCAUUUGUUUUGUUUGUGUACUGCUCUCUCCUCUGCCCUGUGUGUUCAGGUGCUGUGGGUGUGACCAGAACUGGAGCUGAUUGGCCAGCUAGCUGCCAAUCAGAGUGGAGAGGGCUGUUUAAAAGGAGCUGUGUGCUGCCUCUUUCUCUCUCUCUCUCUCUCUCUCUCUGUGUAUAUGGCUGCUAGCCCAGGUUUGUUUGGUUGGGAGGAUUGGUUAGGUAAGUUUGGGGAUCCCUGUACAUUUCACACCAUGUAGAUUUUUGUUGUUAGACACACUAGUUAUCAGUUGUUGCCACCUUUGUUGUUUUGAGUUUUCCAAAUUCUCUUUUUUAGACCAGGUAGGCUAGGCUUUUGAUUUCUUUCCUUUUUGUAGCCUAGUUUUCAGUUAGGGCCUGUUUUGGUAUAUCUUUUUGUUUGUUGAUUUGGCACAACUGGCCCACGCCUCCUCCCACCAACCUUUUGUUCAUUUUUUGUGCACUUUAAUGAAUGUUUGGCUGUCAAAUAAAAAGUUUGCCAAACUGACUUUGCCUCAAGGGUUGUUUUGUACAUGUUGUGUCCCUUGUUGGACAUAGGGGACAUAACAGGGGCUAACUGGUAUAUUAAGCUUUUCCCAAAUCCCGUAGGAAGAAGGGCAAUAACGUCUUUCCCCUUGAUAAAAUUCACAAAACAUUCUCUUUUUUCCAGCUUUAAAUCCUCGAUCUCGGGAAUCGUUGCCAACACAGAAUGUGUCGCUCUUUGCUGAUUGACUGGUGCCCGAAUUUGCACUUCUGGGAGCUGAACCUUCCUCCAGAAAAAUUACAUAGUACAUCUUUAAUUUGUCAAACUAACAUGGAUUCUAACCUGCACAAUUAAUACUUUGUCGUCACAGCAUGUUGGGGCAUACAGCAUGUCUAUGGAUCAAUGUUCAGCAGUUGCCAUGGUGACAAAAUGCACAAAUUUACAAAAUAUAUAGAAAACUGAUUGAAACAACACAUUUUUGAGUCAUGUGGCUUGAUUUUCAACAUAAAUGAUAAGACUAUAUUCAUGGAGAGCUAA